GGAAGAUGGCGGUCGAAGAAGAAGAAACCUGAACUUCUUCCCAUUUUCUUUCCUUAAUUGUCACAUUUCAACUUCGUAUGACAAAGGAUACACCGUUUUCAACAGGAGUAAAAUCUUACCAGGGAUGAUUUUAACAAUCUUUAGGUUAUUUUGUCGUAAAAAGCGCGUGUACAAACAGAGAUGAUUUCGCAAGAUUUGACCGGCUCACAAAACUUUAUACCAUGAACGAGAAGUUCUUUAAUUUUCAUUCGUAGCUUGCAUUGUAAAAACAGCGAAAAUAAACACUCAGAGAUAGAGAGGACAUUGUCACUUGGACAGCAAGGUAAGAAAACCGCAUUUCUUCUCAGAGGCCUGACCGGCCACAAUGAAUUUACAUUGUACUCUGGCUCAGUUACUUAAUAAUCAGCCCCGGCCACAAAAAGCUUAAUUUUACCUCCUUUAGCUGCUUCCAUUUUUUUAAUUUUAGGUUUUUCCUUCGUGCAGCAAUUACUAAUACCAGGUAAAAUGACUCUAGAGUUAAAAUUUGAGGAAUAAAUCCAUUUAAAAAUUACUUAGAAAUUUUGAUGGGACGUCUUAGCAACAAUACUUUUAAGUAAAUUUACUCACUUUACCUCUGAAAUGUUAUUUCCCGAGUUAAGACUUAAAUAUCUCUGUUGGAAAAUAGAAAUUAUAUGCUUAAGCUGGUGUUGCAGCUACAUAUAGAAGAAGUGCAACAAAUGAGGUUAUCUUGUAUUUCGCUGAGUGCCCAUCUCUAACAAUGCAAACUCUGGAUGUCCCAAAUCAGUCCAUUCUAUGCCCAAAAUGCCAGAUGGAACCACUCUUCCAAAUGAGCCACUUUCCACUUCUUCUUUAGAAUAUCCAUAGCAAUCUGAGGCACUUUUAUCAUGGUUUUUAGUUGGUUGUACAUGUAAGCGUUAAUCCAUCCUGUCCAACCUCACUAGCCUCACAAGAAUCUUGAUAAGAAUAAGGUAGAGUUUCAAGAAAGAAGAAGAAGAAUCUUCUUUAUUCCUCAUAAUGGCAAAAAAGCAUGUGUAACCAGCCUUUGUUGAAAGGUGGAAGAAAGUUACUUGAAUAAUAUAAUGAUUUUUUUGGUUUUGAUAAAAUUAUUACUUCCUGAUUGAGAGAUUUGUUCUUUAUAUAGGAUUUUGUUCUCCUUACUGGUAGCUUCCCCCGCAGAUGUUCUUUUGGCUCAUUUCGUAAUUGUCCCCACGAAUGGCAGGAACGCGUGACAAACCUCUAACAACAUUUGCAUGGGAGGCUACCUUACUGGAGACUUAUAGCAGAUAUAUUCUCAAUAAUGGUACACUUGGCUAAAUCUGGGAGAGUUUCACUGUUAGAUGUGUUAAAGCGAUCACCAGUAUGUUUACACCUUGUUAGUCUCCUGAGAAGCCAUUUGUGGGAUUGUCACACAAUGCUCCUCCCCUCAACAUUUAGGAGCAUUGAGUGAUGACCCUGGUUUCGCACUAGUGACAUGUUCUUGUUGUUCAGAGGUGUUGUUAGACCCUCUUCUUGUGUUUGUGUAUGCUACCCUGUUUGGACAACCCAGUUGAGUGAUAUCAGUGGGUUUUUUUUUUAACUAUGAGUACAAACAUUUGUAGCUGUUUCUAGAAAUUAGUGCAGUGGAGAAACACAAACUCUCCCAAAGGAUAGUAAUGUUUGUAGAAGGGACAGGGAUAAGGGGAUUAGAGUCAUUCUCUGCUUAUAUGAAACUACACCAACAGCAACAUUAUUAUUUUGUUGUUCUUUGUACUUAAGCAGCUCAUGGUAACCUUGAAAAGAAUACCCAUGUUUUAAUUACAUAAUGAACAAAAGUAAAAAAAACUAACAAAAGAAAAAAAACAUAACACCUGCUUAUAUCUGAAUUGUUAUGAAAUAACUUAAUUACAUCGGCCUAGUUUUGCUCUCAGAUUUGGACCCGUGAGAUUACAGUACGGUUUUCUGCUAAAUGAAUACUCUUGAUAGUUGGGAUAAAAAUGCACCAUAGAUAAAUGUCACAGAUAUUCUUCUCAACUUGGGAUAGUAGUCUGAUAACUCUCAUAUUUCUUAGUAAAAAAGGUUUUAUUUUUCCUUUUAUUUUGGUAUAAAAUUUUAAUCAUAACCACAACAUGGUAUUGUUGAAAAACUCAAAAGCUCAGCGUGAAAAAAUAAAUCCUAAGUAUAUUUUUUGGAACUUUUUUGUUUCGAACCGUAGUUAUUUAUGUAUAACAUAUUUUUAGUUGACAAAUUAAAUUUUGUGAACUUUUUAAGUAGAUUAAUCUUGACUGAUGUUUCGUGUUUGUUAUGACAACCAUGAAAUGGUGUAAAUAAUAAAUUGAAAGUCCAAGUAUUUUUUAAUCUACUUGAAAUAAAUCAACUUAUAAUGCAUUUAAAUGUAGUUCUUUACACAGUGAAAAAUGGCUGUUCUUUAUUUUUUGCAUUUUCCUCAACUAUAUGUAAGGUGGGGAAAUGAUCCGGCUGUGCUGUGGUGUGUAUUAUAAAGGCUUGACUGUACUACAGUGAAUAUUAAUUUUACGUGUUGAGAUUUUCAUUGUUCAUUUAUUAAAAUUGAGGAGAUUUUAGAAAUUUGAACUGUUUGCAGUUUGAUUUAACCAGAUUUUAAUUCAUAAUGCUUUAUUUUUUAAUAGCCCUAGAUCAACAUGGCUGAAGCAGUUAAAGUUAUCGUACGCUGUAGACCUCUCAACCGGCGUGAAAAGGACCUCAACUGUGAAGUUGUGGUACAAAUGGACUCAUCCUCUGGACAAUGCGCAUUAUCCAAACCUGGUGAAAAAUCACAGCCUCCCAAAACAUUCACAUUCGACGGUGCAUUUUAUAUGGACUCUACAACUGAAACUAUCUACAAUGACAUCUGUUUCCCAUUGGUUGAUGGUGUAUUGGAAGGUUACAAUGGUACUGUAUUUGCAUAUGGCCAGACAGGUUGUGGAAAGUCAUUUAGUAUGCAAGGAAUCACUGAUCCACCAACACAGAGAGGUGUAAUCCCGCGUGCAUUUGAACAUAUAUUUGACGCAAUUCAAGUUGCUGAGAAUGCAAAGUUCUUGGUGCAUGCUUCAUACUUGGAAAUUUAUAAUGAGGAAAUAAGGGAUCUCCUAGGGAAGGAUCAUAAACACAAGUUAGAGCUAAAGGAACAUCCCGAGAGAGGAGUCUACGUUAAGGACCUGACAAUGCACCCUGUACACAGCGUAGCAGAGAUGGAGAAAGUCAUGGAUCUGGGAGGUAAAAACCGAUCGGUGGGUGCCACACUCAUGAAUGCGGAUUCGUCAAGAUCCCAUUCAAUAUUCACCAUCAAUAUUGAAAUCAUGGAGGCUGGUAAUGAGAGUGGCGAGCAUAUCAGAGCAGGGAAGCUUAACCUAGUGGACUUGGCAGGAAGUGAAAGGCAGGCAAAAACUGGUGCUACUGGUGACCGACUCAAAGAAGCCACAAAAAUUAAUCUGUCACUUUCUGCCUUGGGAAAUGUUAUAUCGGCAUUAGUUGAUGGAAAGUCAAGUCACAUCCCUUACCGUGAUUCCAAGUUAACCAGACUGCUUCAGGUAAAUACAUGUAAAAGUCACUGUACAGGCAUUGAAAAUUUGCUAAUUCAUCUAUUUAAGUGACUAAGCUGGCAGUAUUUCAGUUGAAGUGUAUAAGAGGAGCACCAGACUAAAGUGGAUGCCUAUUAAAAAAAGCAGGGUUGGACUUGAAAAGCACUCUAGCAACAAAACCUGACACCUUUCUGGUUCCUUUGGUCGCAGUUAUGUCAAUCUUUUCCUUGGUAGUUAAUGAAAUGCGUGCUUGUGGAAUGUCCAAAGUGAAAGAGAAAACAAUAAUAUGGCUAAUUCCAUGAAUGCUCCUAACCUUGAUAAUCAAACUUGAAUAUUCUAGUCUAAGAUUUUAGUCUUGUAGCUUUUGACUGUAUUGCACAGUCUUCAUCUGCAAUAAAUGCUCAGUAUUGUCACAGGAAUUAGUCAUGUGACAACAAAUGAUUAAAAAUUGCAGAAAAUUGUGGGAAGCAACCCCUUAUCUCUGAUCUCUCAUCUCUUUUUGCUGAUGAAAACUGUAUGAUACAUUCAAAAGCUACAAGAAGAAAAUCUUAGACUUUAAGACUAGAAUAUUAUUAAUUUUUUCAAUAACCUGGCUGUCCUCUGGGAGAGCAUCCAAUGGCCCCAGGUGACUUACUUAAUUCAGCUUUAGGAAAUCUAAGUUUUUGCAAUGAUUGCAAAAACUUAGCUAUUUUAUUAUAAUACUGAACACCCCUGCAAUGAUGGAUAUUACAAUUAAGUUUUAAGUUGAGUAGAUUAAGGCAUGGCUAUGCGAGCAUGUUGUUUCCCAAGACAAGAAACCCUCCUUAACCUGUUUAGAGUGGGUGCGAGUUCAAGGUGCGUUGUAAUCUCUCGCAGGGUGAGUAGCCUGUGCAUUACCUAGUUACUAUGUACCUAUUGACAAAUUUUUUUAGGAUUCCUUGGGUGGCAACACCAAGACACUGAUGGUUGCAUGUCUGAGUCCAGCAGACAACAACUAUGACGAGACGCUGAGUACACUGCGAUAUGCAAAUCGUGCGAAAAACAUCAAGAACAAACCCAAGAUUAAUGAAGACCCAAAAGAUGCACUGUUGAGGCAGUAUCAAGAGGAGAUUCAGAAAUUAAAAGCUAUGCUGAUGGGGCAGAUGGAAGUUCCAGCUGAUUUAACGACAUCAGGUAUAAAAAUCACCUGUGACGUAUUGUAAUGUAAUUUUCUUAUGAUAUGUAGUGUAAUUUGUGUACCUAUGAAACAUACUGGAGCUUUGAAGAACUAUUUUGAACGUGGAAUUUGAAUUUGAAUUUGAAUUUGGAAGUGUUUAUACUUUUUGAGAGGAAGGAAAAACCGGACUCAAUAACCAACUCACAUAAGUAUGAUAUUGAUGGUGGCAAUUGAACCUAGACCACCUUGCUGGGAAGUAAUGCCUCUAAUCACUGUGCCAGUGGUCCUUACUCCCCUGGUUCAGAACAACAACCAGUACGAGUUUCCAUUGUUGAACUUCACAAGUAAUGUUUGGUAUACAUAUUUUCACUGAAAUUUUGCCCCUUGCACAUUGCACUGCCUUCAUUUGAUUUAAAAUUAACAGCUAUCUUCUGGAAAGGAAAUGGAAAAUAUGUCGGGCUAGCUGUGGCUGCAGUACUUAGUAUGUAGAACUUGAUAGCUAAUCACGUCCUUAUGACCACAGGGGGCCCAUCUGCUGUCACAGUCCAGCCUAAAGCAGCACAUAUUCAGGCAACCCACUCUCAGGAUCACUCAACAAUAGUUGCCAUGGAAACUGAUAAGCUAAGGAAGGAGUAUGAAUCGAAGCUGGCAGAAAUGAAAGAGUCUUAUGAAGCAGAACUGAUGUCAAAACAGAAACUGCAGGAAGAGAUGGAACGGUUGAAGAAUGACUAUAACAAGAAAGUUCAUAAUGUUGAGGAGCAGUAUGCUGGUGGUGGCGGUGGCGGUAACUCAGUGGGAGUGGGGAUGGGCGCACUGCCUGCAGACAGUGCGAUCAGCAUAAUUGCCUUGGCUAAUGAUGCGGUAAGUUUGAAAAAGGUCACCGAAAUCACAUUUAUAGCUUUACUGCAUUAGCAGUAAUUGGCGACAAAACUAGGUCGGUUUUUAGGUUACACUUUCUAUCUCUGUUAACGAAAAAUGAUGCAAGUGCCGAAUGCCUUAUUUCUGUUAAUUCUUGCGAGCAAAGUGGACAAGUGUUUGUUUGGUUCACUGGGAGCCAUUUCCAGUCUCUAAGUUCAAAUACGAUCCAACCUUUAUUUAAAUACCUAGCCUGUUCCAGGCUCUCAGAUAGUAGGGAAGACGCGGGCCCGACUAUCUCCGAGCAUGCGUUCGUAUGACAGACGAUAGCUUGCGAGCAGGACGAGCACAAGGCUGUCUGGUUUGGUUUCCCUCUCUAUUUUUCUUUGCGUUGAUUUUUUUCCAUUUCAUUUUAGCAGGAUCAGAAGACAUCGCAUCUUCCUGGUUCAAACGCGGCGCUUAACGCGAUCACAGGGCCGUUACAAGCGUUGCAAGAUUCAGGCCAAGAACAGAGUGUGUUACAGACAGUACAGGAUAAAGCAAAGAAAGGUGUACAGGACAUAAAGAAUCUCGUGCCUGGCUUAGAAGAUCUGCGUUUCUUAAGUCAAGGUCUUCCCACUGAUGCUUUAGUGAAACGUCUGCAAGAACUGCAGGAAAAUUUUGUGGGUGGAGAGAAAAAAAAUGAUCAGAAAUUGAAAGAAAAGAGGAAAGCGAAGAAAAACUAUGCUUUGACACAAAGAGAGAAGCUAGCGAAGGCAGCAAGGAAAAUGGAAGACGAUGGAAUUAUGGUCAAGGUUUAUGACAAUUUACAAGACGAAAUCAAGGUAAAGAGUAAGAAGAUUGAUCAGAUGGAAGGACAGUUGAAAUCCGCGCAGUCUGAGAUUGAUGACCUUCAAACUGAAUUUGAGCGCGAUCGGGAAGAUUACUUGGAAACGAUUCGUAAGCAAGAGCAAAUGAUCAAACUUCAGCAGCAGAUCAUGGAUAAGAUUCAGCCGUGCAUUCGGCGGGACUGUAAUUAUUAUAACAUUGACAAGAUUCGUUCGGAGAGCAGCUGGGACGAAGACUCCGGCAAAUGGAACAUACCGGAGUUAGUUAUUACAAAAACAACACUUCCUACCCCUGGUAUUAUGCCGGGUGCAAACUCCCGGGGACCCAAAUCACCCGGUAUCAACAGACCCCAGAUUAACAACCAGGGACAGGCCAUCAAUGGGCACUUAGGUGGGUACCCUGAGGAGCCAACUGAGGAUCGCUUCCUUCAACAUUUGUCCAGAAGCUCGAAUGAAGAUUACGUGUCGAGCUAUUUUAAGCCGAAAAGAGCGGAUAGGCUGUUGGCUGAGAACACAAGAAUAGACAGAUAUGAUAGACGAGAGUCUUCAUCUCCCUCAGGAGGAUCACGCGCUUCGCUUGGCUUCCCUUCCAACGGGGCUUCGACUGGGGGACUUAACAAUAAUGGACCUGCCCCUGGGAAUGUGGGAAGUAUGGGGAAUUUGGCCGGCAUGUCUCCUAUGGGAAGACCAGUUAGGCUGGAAUCCCUUCAAAUGCCGGGAGAAAAAGAGAAGAAGAGAAAGAAGCAUAAAAAUUUAGAGGAUAAAAGAAAAGAUGAGUGGUAAUCAGAAAUCCCCGAAUAUUCUUUUCUUCCGUGGACAAGUUAGGAAAGAUCUAAAGUUAUUUUGUACGUACAAAAAGCGUAGAGUCAUAUUACCACUUUAAUGGAAGCUGUUACUUUGCUUUCUCGUGGUAAAUUUAGCGAUUUAUUUCUCUGAAAAUGGGCAAAUCUCUUAGGCUUAUAAUUAACUAAUUAUGAUACGUUUGGUAGUUAUUUUAAGACCCGGCUGCUUAGUUAGAAUUUACACGUAGUGUAUACGAAGAACUAGUCCUUCAGACUGGUUCACCCUUUCCUCAUGAGAAGAAGCCCAGUGCUGUAACCAGCCUUUUUAAAGGGCUGUGUUGGAAAUUGCUAAAUAGUCAAGGGAGGCUUACAAACUAUACCGUUAGGAAACCUCAUAGCCCUCCUCACGGGGAAUAACACUCUAACGGACCAACUCGAAAUAGUUUUUACAUCUCUUCACAGGACUAAUGUACCGUAUAUUUUGUGAUUCCAUUUUGUGCAUAGCCUGAUCUUCAGGCUUUUCUAUAGAGAAGGGGAGGAGAGAACGAUACCGGAAGAAAGAUUCCCUCCCUCUCCCUCUCUUAAAAGUCUCGUCAUAUUCAUCCUUAAGGAAGGCCCGAUACUCAAGCUAUUUUAUCCUUAGUGCAUUCUUUCCUUUCUAUAUAUUUAUGAUAAUGUUUGAUAAAGAGUGAACUGAUACAUGAGAUGAAUUUUAAAUACUACAACAAAUUUGCACCUAUACAAUUAACGAUUGAAAGAUAGAACCACAACCGUCAUAAUGUAUGAAAUGUAUAUAGGUAAAAAUACAAUGGCAUGAAAUUCUGGUGGUUCUACGCGCGAUGUGGCUUGCGCGUUUGUGUAGUUUAUUUUUGUUUGUCAAUAGGUUAUAACAGUUUUAGUUAUUGGAGAGAAACAACUGUUCUAGUUAGUUAAUGUAGAUAGAGGAGCUCCAUGUAGUUUAUUUGUGAGUGUACGCAAGUAACAACUGUUUACAUAAAAGAUAAGGGGGUAUUGUUGCUUUUUCUUGUCUCCACUUUUCGUACUCGUGAUCUGUGCUAACGGCCGUCCUCUGAUGUGGAAUCUUUCCAGAGCAUUGCCUAGUAGGAUUGGCUUUUACUCUCGCGCGAUAUUUGUGAAGGUCCAGAAAAAUGUCCACGGAGCAUUGGUAUUUUCAAGGAUGUGAGAAAAUGUCUGUAAAUUUUCUUUGUACACUGCUGCCCCUGUACUCUUAAGAGUUUUUCGAAUUCCAACCUCGUUCGCGAAAAAUAACUUUGGAAACGAAGACAUCAUUCUGGUUGCUAGUUUGAAUUUGUUGAGGCGUGCAUUCUUUUUCACCAGCAAGUGAACUGCCUGUUUAGACCGCGAGCGGUCGUAAAGACGGCUCGCCUUCUCGUAAGUUAGUUUCGCGCACUAUAUUCUUUCAAGAGACUGCUUGUGGGCGAAAGCCUGCUUGACCAGAUUUCGCUUUCAGCUCACGCAAAAGAUAUCUGAGGACGGGUUUCUAUACUGUGUACUUGUUUUCAGCCGUUGCCAUUUGCUGACCUGGAAAUGUAUGAGUAUAACUGAUGAAGUUUCUGUUCAUGUCGAGUUUAAAUACAUCGAUUUUCAGCAGUGAAGCGUACUUCAAGCACAUAUUGAGAGCUAAAAAACACAAGAGAAAAAGAGGAGUGAUAUUGCAAACAGGCUGUUUUUAAUCUUGCAGUUGUACAGACACAAAUAUGAUCAAGAGUUGUAACUUCUGUAUUUUAAAUGUAUAUUUAUAAUUUAUGUCGUAUUUAAUUCCCAUACGUGGGGCGAAAAAGAACAGAUGGAGUAAAAAGUUUCUGUAGGUGUUCUUCCUGCCUAGUGUAAAAUGCAUGUAGCGUUGUAGCUUGGGAGUUGCCAAAUAAAAUGUACAUGUAUGUCAU